AUGGCGGCCGGAGACACACUCAUUUCACUUGCCCAUGGUGAGAUGACCAUCACACUACAAGAUAUGGAGGUUAAAAUGGGGGUACCUGUAGAUGGCUUGCCAUUGGUGGAAUGUAUACCCCCGACGGGCAGUUGGCGUGACAUCUGUCGUAGAUUGCUAGGGCAUAUACUGCCAGAUAGAGAACUUGGUCAUAAUAAGAACACUGGAGUGCUGGAAGGGGCGAGGGUAAAAGCCAAAUGGCUUGAGGAUCGGUUUAGCAACCCUCUCUCGGUUGACGCCCCUGAGGCGCUUGUGCAAAAGUAUGCUCGGUUUUACAUAGUGGAGUUGUUAGGUGGUACGCUAUUUAUGGACAAGUCUGGAGAACGGAUCUCAAUUAGGUAUCUGCAAUUUUUCGAUCCAAUCAGAAAUGGAAAGAAGUAUAAUUGGGGUAGUGCAGCACUAAGUUGGCUCUAUAGACACCUCUGUAAGGCAUCAGAGAAGACAGCCAAGCAGAUUGGCGGUGCACUGUUAUUGGUGCAGUUGUGGGCGUGGGCGAGGUUUCCCCACAUAUGUCCUAUGAUGAGGCAUCCACACCAGGCACUGCCUCCAGGUCCACUUGCUGUCAGAUGGAAAGGGGCUAAGAUAACAACUGAACAUUCAAUGCACGUCCUACAUGCCUAUCGUGUGUCGCUUACUUCGCUACGGCCAAAUCGGAUUAUCUGGGAGCCGUAUAGAAAUUAUUUGCGUUCUCUACCUGCAUAUUGUACGGCAGGCCAACACAUAUGGAGGUCUAUUGUGCCGCUCAUACAUUUUUGGGUGGUUGAAGGCCAUCAUCCCGAACGUGUUCUCCGACAGUUUGGGAUGAAGCAAGGCAUACCAGUCGAUAUUGAUACUUCAAUUGAACUGCACAAGAUCACCCUCCAGGGCAAGCACCAUGAAGAUUGGGCCGAAGUACAUGCCCCGCAUAUUGCUAAAUGGGCUGUGCACGCUAGAAUUACCGAUGCACCGGCCUUUCAUGGGGAGAUGAGCUACAAUGACGAGUAUAUGGUGUGGUUUUGUCCCCGCACUGUUUGCCAUAUUACAAAAGAGACUUCGUAUUGGGACACUUUGGUUGAAUUGCAGUUGAGCAUUAUAGCGAAGUGCGAACCAGGGUCUGAGAUCUACACCGACUCUAUUAAUGCCUUGCAAGCUGUUGAAGAGAUUGGUCGGUUAACCUUGGACCAUGCACGCGAUGUGGGCAACACAAGUGAACUGGCUGUACGGUGUGGUCGGCAAGCAGGUGGACGUCAAGGGCAUGGAGGCCGUCAAUCUAGUCAGCGUCAUACAUCUAGUCGGCCUCCCACAUCUGGUCAGCGUCACACACCCGUGCCCACAUCUAGUCGACGUCCCACAUCUGCUCAGCGUCCUUCAUCUGGUUCGCGUCACACACCCGUGCCCACAUCUAGUCGGCGUCACACACCCGUGGCCACAUCUACUCGGCGCCACAAACCCGUGCAUGACCACACCAUGGAGGAAGCAAGUCAGACAAUAGAUGGGAUGUGUUUGGACACUACUUAUGACAUAGUCUCCAUGGCACACGAUGAUGCGGAUCCAUCCCAUACAUUUGCCCAUGGAGACACAUUUGGAUGGUAG